AUGCUUGGUUUACCAUCCAGCAAAACCACCGUCCGACAGCAGGCUACAGCGCGGAGCCAGGGUGUUGACCGGGAAGUUCCUACCUAUCGCCAAGCCGGACACCAAGCAGAAGAUGUAGGAGUAGCUACAAUCGCAGCGCUGGAAGCAAAUCAAAACACUUUAGGAGGGACAGCGCAGGCUUCCGAUCGCAGUCUUGAGGAGAUGUCGCAGCCGGCGCUCGCUGCAGCCUACAUGGAUUCCCUGCUGGCGGACCCUGUGGCUGCACAGACGAGGCUUCUUGGAAACUUCACCAAACGCAGCAAAGUAGCUGUGAUCUACAUGUGCUUCGAGCGGAUGGAGAUGAUACACCGAGCCAUUCCUGCCAUCCUCGGCAGCGAGGGCUUGGCCGAGUUUGACUUUUUCAUUUCACAGGAUGGCGGCGCCGCUUCUAUCUUCGAGAAUGGAACCGUGUCCAUCCCCAGCGAUAUACAGUUCGCCUACAUUCGCCAUCCAGCAAACCUUUGCACGGGUCUGCACCAUUACUUUGUCAAGGCUUUCGCUUUCGACAUUAUGGGUUACGACAUUCUGUUGAUCGUGGAGGAGGACAACAUCAUACACCCUCAGGCGCUGCAGCUGCUGCGGCGGAUGGCACAACUAUCCGUCUUUGAGCCAGAAAUCGGUAUUGUGAGCCUUCUUGACAUGGACCUGUCGCCGUUCCUAGAUGCCGAGCGCUUUGCCGCGGGCCUUAUCCCCGUGGUCGGCCAUAUGGGUCAUUUGUGGGUGUUUGGCCUGCACCGUGUCAAGUAUGAGCUCGCGCGUGGCUGCCUUCGGGACUACUACGACGUGAUUAAGGGUCAUGAGUACCGCGCGAAGCACUUGCCUCCCUUACGCGAGGCGAUCCAGGCACUGAUGCAGGCAAAGGGCUUCCCGCCGACAACAGCGCUGUCGCAGGACCGCUGGUUUAUCAACUCUCUUGCGAAAUUUGGUUUCACGAAGCGCUACCAGACGCUCUUCCGCUUCUUCGAGCCCAUCGGUAGCUACGGCUUGCACUUCCGUAUGGACGAGUCGCGAUUUUACGACAUGUUUGGGCAUGGCAUGUACAGUGGUCGCAUUGAUCCAUAUGCUGCAUUUGAUGUCACCAAGGACCCGCAAAAUGUCGAGGCGAUCAAGACAACUGUCCGUGAACGCCUAACGUCCCUGUACGACAAGUACUGGGACGGAAGGCUCCCGCCGGAUGCUGUAGUGAACAGCACGUUUUAUGCCCUGAUCGAGGGCCGGCUGAACGGGGCAGGGAGGGCUAUCCACUUCUUUCUUAGACGCAGCUCAGCAACUUCCGAAUCAUACCUUGCCGCCGGUGACAAUUUCUUACCGAACGUCGUCCACUCUACGCUGGACUUCACCAUGCAAUACAUCAGCGUUACCAAAGUUCGCCUUUGUUGCCGCGUUGGUGGACGAGUUAAAUUCCCACAAUUCCCAUGCAGGCAAAGAGUACUCAGGGAGAUGCCAGGGGAGCUGAUCCCUUCUUACAAUGGGACUGAGAUGGGCGGGACGGCCAAGGCUAGGGUUGCGGAUACGACCAAGGUGAUGCUGGAAGGGAAAAGCUAG